AACUUGUGCCUUAUUGUGCAUUUCUACUCUGUAACCUGUGGCAGUCUCACCAGCAGCCUGGAACCUGUAGAACAUGUUGGGUCUGGUCAAGCUGCCUCCCGUCUUCAAUGUACACCAAGUGCCUAAAGACUUUCAGGAGGACUGUAUUAUCUCUGGAUAUCGUCACCCUCGCAGCUCUGCUACUGACUGCCUCCUCAGCCUCUUCCAGCUCACCAAUGAGACUCUCAAUAUCUGGACGCACUUCUUACCCACCUGGUAUUUUCUAUACAAGCUGUUGACGGUGAUCUUCAUACAGGAUGUGUGGACUGAUGCGUACACAUGGCCACUGCUGGUCUUCCUGCUGUCCUGCUGCAUGUACCCAUUGGCAUCCAGCUGUGCUCACACAUUCAGCACCAUGUCCACACGUGCCCGCCACAUCUGCUACUUCUUUGACUAUGGAGCUCUCAGUGUAUACAGCUUGGGUUCAGCUAUUGCCUACUCUGCAUAUAUUGUGCCAGAUGCAUGGGUGAACAGUUUGUUUCACGUAUAUUAUGUUCCUGUGGCAGUAUUCAACACUGCGUUAUCCACUACCAUGGCCUGUUACUCCAGGCUUGGCUUCCCUCUACACACUAACCCUGACACUGUGAACAGAUUUGCCGAAGACAAAAGUCUCAGGUUGGCUAAAGUGCUACGGGUUUUAGCCUUCACCUACCCCUACCUGUUUGACAACAUUCCUCUCUUCUAUAGGAUCUUCCUGUGUGUGGGAGAAGGCUGCUCUGCAAAUAAAGUAAACUCUCUCCACGUUUAUCACAUACUCCUGGCUUUCCUCACAGGCUUUCUGUUUGCCACACAUCUGCCCGAGAGGCUGGCACCUGGACGUUUCGACUUAGUAGGCCAUAGCCAUCAGCUGUUCCACGUGUGUGGGAUUAUUGCCACACACUUCCAAAUGCAGGCCAUAGAGAUGGACAUGACUUUGAGACGGCCAUGGCUGCAUGAUCACGGUCCUGACAUUACCUUCAGAGGGACCCUGGGAGCCACCAUGCUGUCCAUGGUCAUUAGCCUGGGCAUCAUCUGCCUCUUCAGUUAUCCUCUCUUUCAAAGCCCUUUUUGGGGAAAAGCGACCAGAGAAGGGUCUGGUGCAGCAAAGAAGAACUAAGGGCACCAACUAGAGCUUUCUGAAUGCUCACUGGAAGUUUGGACAUGAACUAAUGGAGAAUUACAGCAAGAAGAAUGUUUUGGCUUAAUGCAUAAGAAAAUGCACAAGAGGUUUAGUCAUUUCUGAAAAGUGAAGGAAUAAUCUUGUAUUUUUUGUAUCUUGUAACAGGUGUUUUUAAAUUGACAUUUGCAUUACACAGACCCAAAUUUACAACUGACUUUACACUUUCCUUAUAAGUGAGUUGUUAUUAUAAUUAUUAUUAUUAUUAUUAUUAUUAUUAUUAUUAUUAUUAUUAUUAUUAUUAAUUUAUCUGCAAUAAUGGUAAGUGUGUCAAAGAUCUUGUGUUCUGGAAUUGCAUAUAAACUACACUUACAACAUUGGAGUAUUCCUUUAAUUAAGUAGUAUUACAGGUAAUUUAUUAGAAUUAUAGAAAGCAUAUAUGUUUGUUUGUGUGCUUGUGUGUACCUGUGUGCCUCGCACAGGUAUAUGAUUGUAUAAUGCUACUGAUCAUCUCAGGUCUUGGUGCCUCACACACUAUUUAUGAGAUGCACAUAGAAUUCAUGAAGUAUAAGCAAUCUCAGAAGGUAUGAAUGAGUUAGGUUUGUGUGUAUGCAUAUGUAGGCAAAUAUGUGAGCAUAUGUUUUCCAGUUUUUGAGUGUUCAUCAGUGUUUGGGAAGCUUCUUUGAAACUGUAGCUUUUCAAGCUACAGGCUACUCAUAGUUUGAAGUAAUUAAGCUACAGUAGUCAAACUACCCUUUAAAAAAAGUAGUUAGCUACACUACAAGUUACUAAGAAAAAGUAGCUAAUUACAUUGAAGCUACUUAAAUGGGCAACAUUUUGUUUGUAUGUCAUGAUUGUGAAUCAACUGAUGAAUUGAUUUACAAUGUAUAAUUUUGCAUAAAGAAAUUAAACACAAUUUAAAGAUAAUUCA